GCUCUCACCGAGGCGUGCAGAUCGGACUUCACCCCAUUUGGCUGGCAACUGAAUUUUUUGCACUUUGAUUCCUCGACAACUACCCGGGAAACGGCCAAUUGUCAGAGACCGAGAGUUGUCUACAUACACAACGGCCAUCAUGGGGAAAGCCUCCGAGGACCCCCAGCGCUCAAAGCGCCAACUCCUGGACGACAGCGACUCCGAGUCUGAUGGAGGGGCACCUGUUGCUGCACCCAGCCUGAAAGUGAACGAAGAAUUCGCCCGUCGGUUUGAACACAACAAGAAGCGCGAGGAACAGCAACGGCUGGAGGAGAAGUACAAGAGGGGCGGAAAGGGUGACGACGACGACGAUUCCUCGUCAGACGAGAGCGAAGACGAGGAUGGUUUCCUUGCGACCGAGGACCUCGAUGCGCAGAUCUCAGCUACUCUCCAGGCGAUUCGCAACAAAGACCCCAAGGUCUACGACAAAGAUGUCACAUUUUACAAGGACUCCGAUGAAGCCAAAGCUGCUGCCGAGAGCAAGGAAAAGAAGGACAAGCCCAUCUACUUACGAGACUACCACCGCGAGAAGCUGCUAGCUGGCGAUGUCGGUGAUUUCGACGACGACGAAGAUGACGCCCCCAAAAACUACUUCCAGGAGCAAGAUGCCCUCAAGAAGUCAAUCAUGACCGAGAUCAAUGCUGCCACCGCCGGAGAUGGAUCCGACGAUGAGGAGGACGAGGGAGGAUUCAUUAAGCGCAAGGAGCAGGCUAAAACAGAUCCCAAGGGUGUCCACCCAUCACGGAAGGCGGCGUUGAAGGUGACUGAGCUUGACGUUACCAACGCCGACAAGAACCCCGAGAACUUCCUUUCCAACUUCAUGACUGCUCGCGCCUGGGUCCCCCCGGAUGGCUCGAAUUGGAAGGCGUUUGAGUCUGACGAAGGAGAGGGCGAUGACAAGGCCGACGAAUUUGAGCAAGCAUACAACCUGCGAUUUGAGGACCCCGAUAAAAGCAACGAAGUCCUCCGAACAUAUGCCCGAGACCUCGCCGCGUCAAAGUCUGUGAGACGGGAGGAGAAGAAUAGCCGUAAACGCCAGCGAGAACUGGAGCGCGAGGAAAAGGAAGCCAAGAAACAGGAACGACGCGAUGAGAAGGCCCGCCUACGGAAGCUGAAGCUCAAUGAGGCCGAGGAGAAGCUACGCAAGAUUAAGCAGGCUGUCGGCAGCGUGGGCAAGGAACUUAAGGACGAGGACUGGAUCAACUUCCUGGAUGAAGCCUGGGAAAACGACAAGUGGGAGGAGGAGAUGCUGAAGCGCUUUGGUGACGACUACUACGCGCAAGCCGACGACGGUAUGCGAGUCUCGGAUGAUGAUGAGGAGGAUGAGAGCAAAGGAAAGAAGAGGCAUCCCAAGAAGCCCAAAUGGGAGGACGAUAUCGACAUCAACGACAUCGUUUCCGACUUUGAAGAGGAUGAGGAGAAGCCUAAGAUCAGCCUCAGCGACGCCGAAGGUGACGACGCCGAGGAUGAGGAGGGUGAGGACGAAGAUGGGCCGCCCUCUAAGAAGCGCAAGACGGCAGAUCACAAGCGCAACCGUCAAGAAUCCCAAAAGAAAGCCCGUCAAGAACGCUCUAAACUCGAAGCCCUCGUCGACUCGAAGCUCGAGCUCACCAACCAUGCUCUCCUUAACCAGCCCAACCACACGCCCUUCCGCUACCGCGAGACUUCACCGCAGUCAUUCGGCAUGACCGCCCGCGACAUCCUCCUUGCCCCCUCAGACCAGGUUCUCAACGAAUUCGCCGGCCUGAAGAAGCUCGCUACUUUCCGCGACGAGGAGAAGAAGCGCCGCGACCGCAAGACGCUUGGAAAGAAGGCUCGCUUGCGCCAAUGGCGCCGCGGCAUCUUUGGCUCUGAGUUUGAGCGUACCGGACCCACCUACGGCUUUGAGCGUGUGAUUGACGAAGAGGAUGUCGCCGCUGGCGGCUCGGUUAUAGAGACAAAGGAGAAGAAGGGCCAAUCGAGCAAUGUGGUGGGUGAUGUGGGUGAAGCGAGGAAGAAAAAGAGAAAGAGGUCCAAGGGCAAGAAGGGUGCUGCCGCACCCGCAGUGGAGGCGGAGGAUUGAUUGGGUUUGUUCCGGUGGCUCGAGAGCUUGUUGGGGACUUGAACAAGCGAGAUGCCGCCGCUGUAGCAUUGUCAUAGUGGCGUUCCAUGAUCGAUUAUCGAUGAUGUUUCUUAUAAAGUGGGUUAGUGUGUAUGACGAAUACAGAAAAUUUGUCAAAUGGAGAACAGGAUUUAUCCAUCUGUAAAAGAAGUAAUUGGAACAUCUAAUCUCUGAUUAUAAGUCUAUCGUGUUUUGUGUUCGUUUUUUUCUGGCUAUUUAUCUACUGUACAUAGGUAUAUCAAGCGCAAACAC